AUGAACAUGGACACGCGUUUAAACACUUCUGCUGUGCAUCAGCUUCCAGAGAACACCAAUUGCUUGGCGUUGUCAGAAGAUGGUCAGUUUUUCACUAUUGGGCACAAAGGACUCUCAGUUUGGUGUGCAACCUCAUACAGGUCGAUUGCUGAGUGGUCUCAAAAUAACGUAGAAAUAACAUCUAUUCAACUGACCAGGCUGUCAGGAAAGACCUACCUCCUGGGAACGAUUGAUGACAUGGGGGUUGCCAGAAUCCUAAUCAAUCAAUCAGAAGUAAUUCAACUUCUCUGCAUCAUUAACACAAUGGAGAAUAUCAACAAUCGAAGUAUUUGCGUCUCAUUUCAAUUGUCUCAAGGAGGAGAUUAUGGAGUCACUUCAAUGAGCUGCAAUGGUGCAUCUUGGAUUGAAGUGUUUUAUUUUCCCAUAGAUACAUGGCUAAAAGAGUGUGCAUCAGCUCUUUCUCAACAGGAUUCAAAGGCCUCUCUCGUGUCAGAGGUUCAGUGGUCUCCUAUUGAAAUGAUACAUCAAAUCAAGCCACUACAUUCUGUGACAGACACUAUUCCUGAAAGUCAUCCUCAGUUCCACUCACAAUACCUGGCCUUGGAUGGAAGCUGCAGUGUAAGUUUCUGCACCGUACACUUUCUGCUACCAUUAUCUGAUGAGAGGAAAGAUAACAAAGAUAUCCCUAAUGCUUUGUGCGUGUGGUGGGGUGGACGGAAACAUCUUCUUAAGUACUCCCUCCAAAAAACAACUAACAUUACCAAUGUUUUGCCUGGAACCGUGUGGCCAAAUGCAAACACAAUCAAUUGUUCCACGGUCAGCGCAUGUACUCGCUACAUUGCUCUUGGUCUCGCUGAUGCGCUGGUGUGCAUUUGGGAUAGAAACUACUGCUCGCCAUUGUCGGUCUUUUCCAUGUCAGACAUGGAUAGCCCCCUUUCUGCAAUUUAUUUUCUGGAUUACAAUGAUGCCCUCAGUACAUGUGAUGCUAAACAUCUUUUAAUGAAGUGCAAAAGUCGGGCAUUGUACACAACAAGAAAGAUAACACGAGAAAAGAACAUCCGUGCGGUACAAUGGACUGAGAGGUUACACAAUCUGCACACAAUGGUAAAAGACAGUGGUGACCUCUCAGCUGCAGCAGCUGUGCCAUUUCUGCACAACUUGGUGCUCUUGAUUCAAAGAAACGGUGAGAUGUAUUUACAAGACGUCAUCAAUAAAACAAAGGUGUGCUCUUUGAUGAUACCUUCGAAACACAUGCUCGCUACCUCCUGCAAUCCUGUGUUUGCUCUGAACAGCCGACUACACACUCUCCUCAUUCAAGGUACAAAGGAUCCUCUGUCAAUGGAAGCUGGCCACAAUCAGCUUUACAUUUUCCACUUAGGAGAGUGUGACAUCUUAAAGCCAUACUUAAUUACACCCUCAGACUGUGCGAAGGAAGAGAAAUGUCACUUUGCCAAACUUGAGGAUUGGUGUAGCCGCUAUCUCCAAGACAGGAGGAUAAAUGCACAAGAAAGGGCCAAGGACAUGAGACAAACAUGGAUGCAGCUACAGGAAACAUCAGCUGCAUCAAAUUCAAGGCAUCUUACACCCCACGUUUGA